AUGGAUGCUGAAACCUUUUGUGAAAACCUGAAAUCGAAUUUCACCUGUGCGAUAUGUUCAGGCUAUUUCAUUGAACCAGUGACUAUACAAUGUGGACAUAGCUUUUGCAAAGUGUGUCUUCUCAGCUUCUGGAAUGAAACCUUCACACCACAGAAGUGUCCUACUUGCAAAGCAAUCAUUCCAUUUGGAUACUUUUUGUGCAAUAGGAGGCUACAGAAUCUGUCAAUCAUUGGCAAGAUGCUUAGACCUCACUUACUGCAGAGCAUGAGGGCCCUGACAAUCUGUGAGAAACAUGGGAAAGAAGAGACUUUGUUCUGUGAGGAGGACCAAAGGCCCUUGUGUGGGCCUUGCUUUUUAAGUACAGAGCACAAGGAGCAUAAAGUUCUUCUUUUGGAAAAGGCAGCUGGUCAGUGCAUGGAGAAGCUCCAAGAGAAAUGGAAUAUUUUAAAGGGUGAGAAGCAGAAAUUUCAAAUGGAAUUGGAAGGUGAGGAAAUAAGACAGAUUCAUUCUGAGGUGCAUGGCGAGACUCUCAAGGUUCUGAUUCUAUCUGAAUAUGAGAAAAUGCACUUGUUCUUUUUGGAGGAAGAACGACUACAAUUGCAAAGAUUGGUCAAGGAAUCAAGGGACAACUUGGCCAAUAGGGAGAGCAAGGACAGCCAGACCCAAGAGGUCCUCAAUCAGCCAAUGACCUCAGAGCAGCAGUCUGUGGAAAUGCUCAAGUUGGACGAUCUAGCUGUGAUAAAAUUGUUUAAGUCUGAGUUUGAGAAAAAGCACCAGGUCUUAUCAAAAGAAAAACAGCUACAUCUGCAAAAACUGGAAAAGCAAGUAAAAGACAACUUGGCGAAGUUUGAGGAGAGCAGGGCAAGAAUGACCCAACAUAUCAACAACUUGCAAAUGGUGAUGUCAGAGAUAGAUAAAAAUUUUGAGAAGCUUCCCACUGAAAUACUCCAGGGAAUGAAAGGUACAUUGGAAAGGAAUGAGGAGCUACUUCUUCAAAAUCCAGUAGUUGCUUCACCCAGAUGGACCAUGUACCCCAUCAUUGGCAUGAAAGAAAUGCUGCUGACUUUCCAUAGGGAUAUCUUUCUAGAUCCUGAAACUGCCAAUCCUCAUCUCAUCCUGUCAGAUGAUUUGAAGAGUGUCAAAUAUGAUUCUGUCCCUCAGGCUGUGCCUGACAACCCCAAAAGAUUUGAGUUUUCCCCGUGUGUCUUGGCUACACAGAGCUUCUCCUCGGGGAAACACUACUGGGAAGUCGAGGUGGAGAAUAAAACAGAGUGGGAAGUGGGCAUCUGUAAAGAAUCAAUCAGAAGGAAGGGCCUUGUCUGUAAGGGCUGUCUUUGGGAAUUUUGGGGAGGUGUACUUUCUUCCUUUGCUGUAUCACUAGAGGUGGCAUUCCUCAUCUUUAAGGAACCCUUUGAAUUCUUGGGAACCACCCCCACCUGGCACACUACCUGGCAUCUCCUGGCACAUUACUUGACACACCCAGUGCUUAUGGACUCUAACUGCCUGGCACCCUUAUUGGCAUGCCUGGCACCUAUGGACUCUAACUACCUGGCAACUUGCUUGGUGCGCCUGGAACCUACGGACUCUAACCUCCUGGUACCUUGGCACACCCAAAACCAAGAAAGAGAAUCCAGGAACCGCAGGAUCCUGCAGCAGAAGUGA